AUGCUGGACGCAGAAGCCGGGACCUGGAGGAAAUUGGGUCGCAAGGCACAAUGGAAUCGGAUUCCUCCAAAGUUCGGUGAGGCAGGAGGCGGAACGAGCCCAAGAUGGUGGUGCUUUGGCGUGAAGUUCCUGCAGUCCAGCUUCGUUGAUGUUUUUACGUCAGCGGCUAGGUUCAAUGCCACUGGAAGUGACGCGGCAUGGCAGCAGGAUGUAUCUGGAAGACAAGCAAUGCGCCGGAAGUCGGGCGCGUGUGGCAUCAUCGUGGGGUGCCUACGCGAUGGUGGCACGGCGGAAUGUGACCGCAUCAGAGGCCCUGGUGCCGAUAGGAGGUCACAAUGUCUGCAGAAGACAGAGGGAGCCUGA